UAAAUCACUAUGCAUAUCAUGACCUCGCUUCAAAUGUAGACAAGUUCUAAGAAUGCGGAAACAAAAUCUCUUUAUCUGAAUAAAUCAAUAUGCCUGAAGUCAUUAAAUAGAAAAAAGUACAAGCCGCCUACGUGAAUUGCAGAAGAAUGAGAUCUUUGAAUGGAAAUUGCAAAAAAAAAUUAGAUUCAAAUCGAGGAAAGAACGAGAAGAUGCUGGAUUAAUCCAGACAGUAUCUACAAGAUAUCGCUCUAGUUUACCAACCACCUGUUCUAAAGGCGCGUUAACACUUGCAAUUUUUGCUGCGAUUUUCCUCUUUUGAUAGAUGUGAAAGAGUGAAUUAGUUACAAGUGAAUUCGUACUCGUUCACAUCUGUCAAAAGAAGAAAAUGGCACAUAAAAUCGCAGUAAAAAUUGCAAAUGCAAACGGCCUUAAUCCUAAGAGCAACUAAACAUACACUCAUACAGUUUAUCUCUAUACAUGCAAGGCAAUGCCAAAAACGUGCCCAAAAACCACCUGUAAAUGUUCGCUCGACUAUGACCUGGUCUCUACCCGUCAGCGUAAAUGGGUUGGAAGAAUUGGAUACGGUUGGAAGAAUCGUUUAAUAAAUUACUUCAAAACUACCUUGAAAUAUAAGAGUUUGCCUUCAAAAGUAUAAACCUAACGUGUGACACAUGAUCUAUUCUGGUUAUCAUUGUUUUGACUGGUUCAUUGCAGUGGUGAAUUCGUCUAAGUAACAACAUGAUGUUGGCUUAUGACCUUAUGUAAACAUAUGUCAGAUUUGAAAGUUUUUCUACAGCUAUGGCGAAGAAUUUAAUUAGUCGUAAGACGUGUGUUUACAAUCAAAUAAACUACGAUGAGAACACACUGUCGACGAGUGAUGGAUAUCCGGGAAAGGCAGAAUUUCAAGAUACCAAACAUUCGGUCGAAGAAGUCAUUGAAUAUGUGGGUUUUGGAAGAUAUCAGAUACUAUUACUUUUUGUCGCUGGUUUUUCGUGGAUGGCAGACGCGAUGGAGAUGAUGAUACUCGCCAUAUUGGGUCCUGUUUCUAGAUGUGAAUGGUCUUUAGAACCGUGGGAUGAGGCCUUGUUAUCCACGGUUGUUUUUGUUGGCAUGUUUGUUAGCUCAGCCUUAUGGGGAAAGAUUUGCGAUCUAUAUGGAAGGAAAUCAGGCAUAGUGUUAAGUUCAGCGUGGAUCAUGUACUUUGGCAUCCUGAGCGCUAUAUCACCUACGUAUAACUGGAUUCUAUUCCUACGAUUUCUCGUCGGAUGUGGGAUCAGCGGCCUGGGGCAAGUAGUUGUCUUAUACGCUGAGUUUGUACCGGCAAGAUACAGAGCUGUGACCAUAUUAGCUCUUGGGGGUUUCUGGGGAGUUGGUGGAAUACUAGAGGUUCUUCUAGCGAUAGCGGUAAUGCCAAGACUUGGUUGGCGAUGGUUGUUAGCAUUUUCAAGUUUACCUCUGGUUAUUUUUAUUUUAUUGAGCGUGGGCCUUCCAGAGUCUCCGCGUUUUCACGUUAGCGCCGGUGAAGUCCAGAAAGGUUAUCAAACUCUGGUGGAAGUUGCCAAAUGUAAUGGUAAAGAAAUUCCUGGCUCUCAAAGUUGCCUUCAAUCAACUGAAGUCCAAGAGAGAGGACGUAUUGUAGAUUUAUUUUUAAAUUCGUACUGGAGAACGACCAUCCUUGUUUGGAUACAAAUGUUGGGAGGUCUGCUUAUUUACUACGGGAUACUUCUCAUGACACCAGAGAUAUUCCAGUACAGAAGGCAGAAGAGAUGCGAUGAGGGAGCCGUUCUGUUAGAAGAAGACAAACAUGUGACAGGGUGUGGCUGUAAAUCGUUAGAAGAGGAAGAUUAUUAUGCAUUGCUGUUAACUUCAUUUGCUGAUAUACCAGGUCUUCUUGUUGUCAUGUUGUUUAUUGAUCGCAUUGGUAGAAUUAAAACAUUAGUGGUUGGUUUUGGCUGUACUUUCGUGCUGUUUCUAUUACUUAUGUUAUGCAACGGAGAGACAAUGACAACAAUAUUUGUGUUUGGAGUUCGUUAUUUUUCUACUGGAGUUACCCAAGCGCUUUUUAUAUAUGUUCCGGAGGUUUAUCCUACAAAUAUUCGAGGCCUGGGGCUAGGAACAGCUUCUGCUAUGGCACGAAUCGGAUGUAUAAUAACGCCAUUUUUAGCCCAGGUUUUAGUAAAGAGAUCACUACGGCUGACGUUAUUGGUCUACGCUGGUUGCGCCCUCGCGUGUUCUGUGGCAGCGGCCUUGCUGCCGAUUGAAACAAGCGGAAAACAGAUGAAGGAGACAAGCCGUGGAAAGGAAUAAAAAAUAUCAUCGACAUUAAAACUUUAAUCCCUCGUAGGACUAAUUGUCAAAUUACUCAAAUAUAUAUAAUAAUCACGUUCUAGUAUAGAUAUGACGAACUAAACAAUUUGUUCAAUUUAAAAUGAUAAUAAUUUUAAAAUAGAAAACUUUCGUAAAAUAAAAUUUGAAAGUAUUUCUCAGGCAAGCGUUUGUCUAGAAUCCAGAUAACGAGUUUGAACAGCAGUCUUCCUUCCGACAAUAGUUUUGCACGUGGUCAUUUAAAUUUAAUUUACAACCAGGUUGAUAUAAUUCUCACCUCAGCCAUGGCGGUGUGGAACGAGCGUAACACAACCACUCGAUUUUACACCAAGACAUCAUUUUCGCACGUUUUAAACGAAAAGACUUUGCGACUUGCUGAUUGAAUUUUCAUUUGAGAAAACUAAUUUGCACAUUUGAUUAAAGUAACAGGAGGAAAUCCACAAAUCAUCAAACCUCAUUAGGGCAGAAAUGUGAAAACCACGGCGGGGCGAAAGUGUUAAUAGCUUGGAUCAAAACAAACACAAUAUUCUAAGUGUGUUGUUCAAAACACCUGCCGUAUGAGAUAAUGAUGCCGUAUUUUCUAAUGAUCACACCCCGACUUUCUUUUAAAAUGCACCAAAUGCCAGGAACCCGCAGACAGAGCGAAGUGAACAGCCAAGCAUCAAGAUAAUUCAUUUUUCAACAAGUUACACUUUCAUAAGGGUCUCGACAGCAAAGACAUCGAUACAGUUUAUCCAUUUGUGAAUUAUUCCUUUUACAAAAGGCAAAAUGAGGCUGUUCUUUCGAUCUGCCACUUUGUAUCUUCUUGUGUUCAUUGUGAAUGAUUUGGCCGAGGUUGGUCGCACAGAAGACGAACGAGAUCACAAGACAAGCGCCUCAAAGACAGAAGACAUGAAGCGAAACUCCAGUUUAGAUGACGGACGAAGAAAGAUGGGAUAUCUGUUGAUAAAUUAUGAAACAAUAAAAGCGAUGGCUGGAUCAAAUGGCAGGAAAACAGCAGAGAAUAAUACACAGAGUUCGUCUGGGUUUGUGGAGAAGAAUGAAAAAUCUGGUUUUCUUGACAGGAAAAUACAUGAACUUGAAGUAAACGUGAAGUCGACUAAGGCAGGACUUUCGCAACAAAGAAAUCAGC